AUGGGCAUAUUUGGUAAAUCGGCCACCGUCGAUCCUAAGGAUCAAGUCAAACAGUGGACGUCGACCAUACGCAAAGAGACGUAUAAGCUGGACCGACAGAUAAGAGGCAUACAGCGAGAAGAAGAAAAAGUUAAACGUUCGAUGAAAGAAGCAGCCAAGAAGGGAAACAAAGAUGUGUGUAUCAUUCUGGCCAAAGAAAUACUGAGGUCACGCAAAACCAUCAAUAAAUUGAUUACUUCCAAGACACAUAUGAGUUCUAUACAAAUGCAAAUGAAAAACCAGCUGUCUGUGCUAAGAAUGGCUGGUUCACUGCAAAAGUCUACAGAAGUAAUGCAAACAAUGCACAAUUUGAUUAAAGUACCUGAAGUUGCAGCUACUAUGAGAGAUUUGUCCAAGGAAAUGAUGAAGGCUGGAAUCAUUGAAGAAAUGUUAGAUGAUACAAUGGAGAAUGUAAUGGAUGAUCCCGAAGAUAUGGAAGAAGAAGCGCAAUCAGAAAUCGAUAAAGUAUUAUGGGAAAUCACAGCUGGAGCAUUAGGUCAAGCGCCUAUGGCAGUCACUGAAACACCAGGUGGUUCAGUACUUCAAGAAACUGAGGCAGUUGAAGAGGACGAUGACCUAGAAGAAAUGAAAAAUCGCUUGCAGGCAUUAAAAAGCUAA